CGCGAGCACAGUCAUUCGAAUCCAGUAUUAGUGCGGUGUAGAGUGUUCGGUGUUUUGUAAUCCACUUACUCGAAUUUUCCUCUCUCUCUCUCUCUCUCACUCCAUCUCUCCAUCUCUCCGUCUUUCUCUUUUUUUCUCGCGCGACUACGAUCGAUUAGUGUAUAAAAAUGCCUUUCAAGCCCGUGGAACAUCCAAAAUGCCCUAAAUGCGGCAAGUCCGUCUAUGCUGCGGAAGAGCGAGUUGCCGGUGGACUGAAAUGGCACAAAAUGUGCUUCAAGUGCGGUCUUUGCAGCAAACUGCUCGACUCGACAAACUGCUCCGAGCACGAGGGCGAGCUGUUCUGCAAAGUCUGCCACGCCCGCAAGUUCGGCCCUAAGGGCUACGGCUUCGGCGGCGGAGCUGGCUGCCUGUCCAUGGAUCAAGGCGAGCAUCUUCAAGCGAAGAGCGAGGGCGAACUUUCGCGGGGUUCGAACGCCAUCCUCGAACCGCGGGCCAUCGCUAAGGCACCCGAGGGAGAGGGAUGUCCUCGCUGCGGAGGGUACGUUUAUGCCGCCGAGCAGAUGUUGGCCCGAGGAAGGGCUUACCAUAAACAGUGCUUCAAAUGCAAAAUGUGUCACCGGAGUCUGGAUUCGACGCUUCAUUGCGAUGGUCCCGACCGCGAGAUAUACUGUCGAGCUUGCUAUCCGAAGAAAUUCGGUCCGCGGGGUAUCGGCCACGCCGGGGUUAUGUGGAUCGGGCUGCAGUGCGAUAUUGAGGAUGAGGGCGAUGCAGCUCCACGCACCACCGUGAUCGACACCGCAAUAAUCAAGGCCCCGCCCGGCAAGGGAUGCCCUCGCUGCGGUGGUGUCGUCUUCGCCGCUGAGCAAGUGCUCGCCAAGGGUCGUGAGUGGCACCGGAAGUGCUACAAGUGCCGUGACUGCACCAAGACCCUGGACUCGAUCAUCGCCUGCGACGGCCCGGACCGGGACGUCUACUGCAAGACGUGCUACGGGAAGAAGUGGGGACCGCACGGAUACGGAUUCGCAUGUGGCUCGGGAUUCCUCCAAACCGACGGACUCACGGAGGAAGAAAUUUCGGCCAGUCGACCUUAUUAUAAUCCUGAUACGACCUCGAUCAAGGCGCCAGCUGGGCAGGGCUGCCCCCGUUGCGGUGGCAUGGUAUUUGCCGCUGAACAACAGCUCGCCAAGGGCACCAUGUGGCACAAGAAGUGCUUCAAUUGUGCCGAAUGUCACCGACCCCUGGAUUCUAUGCUGGCAUGCGAUGGCCCUGACAAGGAAAUCCACUGCCGCUCGUGCUACGGAAAGCUUUUCGGGCCCAAAGGCUUCGGAUUCGGCCACAAACCGACUCUCGUCUCAACGAAUGGAGAUCAUGCUCCCUCAUACAUCGACUCCAAGCCUCAGGUUGGCCAAAAGCGAAACGACGGACACGGCUGCUCGCGCUGCGGCUAUCCGGUAUACGCCGCCGAGCAGAUGAUCUCGAAGAAUCGCGUAUGGCACAAGCGAUGCUUCAGCUGCGGCGAGUGUCAUCGUUCCUUAGAUUCGACGAACCUGAACGACGGCCCGGACGGGGAUAUUUACUGUCGAAGCUGCUACAGCCGAAACUUCGGGCCUAAGGGCGUGGGCUUCGGAAUUGGCGCGGGCACCCUCACGAUGGCCUAAUCGGCGGGCCACUUUUACACGCCGCUCGAGGAAACCUUCGAUCCAGUCUUAUAUAUUAAUGUAAAUACAUCUAUAUAUAGAGGCGUCUGACUGUAUAUCCGACGACAGACGAACGCGCUGCUCCGGGAAUCUCGAUUUCUCCUUUCCUAGCUUACGACGAUUCGAUAAUGUCGAUGACUACGCUUCCAUUAUUUGCGAACGGCGCCGUAGCGGAGAAUGAUGAUGUCUGAUUGAUGGAGAUCGAACGCGCGCACGGAUAAAUCGCCGCGGACUGCUGAUAAUUUAUUGCGAUGCGGGAUUGCGCAUUGAUCGUAUUACGAGUGAAUUAAUUAUUCAAUUAAUAAUUCAUUUAUCCGUAAUGUACGAACAGGGACACAAGUUUGAAGAUGUCGUUUUAACAAGAAUGCAAUUCUAUUUCCCUUCGUUCCUGAAACAUACGCAGCUUUGAUAUUAAAGAAAUAGGAAAAUUGUGGAAAUUUAAGAAGAAAAAGUACCCGAGUGUGCUGAUUAAUAGGCUUAAUGAGUACAUUUACUUUUUAAAGACGUCUACUCUGAAACUUACUUUAACUUUAAAAUUUCAAAUCUUGUAAAGGAGAAAGUAACAUCAUUAGAACGACACUUUAUCUAUUAUAUCAUAUUAUCAACUUAUUGCAAAUUAUCGGCGGUAUGUGGACUUAUUCCUGCAAUCAAUUAGAUUUCAUUCUCGUCCCAUCGUUACGAUAGUUGCACGGAUUGCUGUGAAAAUUUCAUGAGAUUUAUGAGUUAGCACCUCGUGCGAGCCAAACUGCAAGUGAUUUUACUCGCGGGAUGUUUGGCGAUUCUCUUGCGUUCCCAUGUAAAUUUCGCAGCAGUUUGCGCGAUUUUCAAUGACGAUUGCGCUACGCGCAAACGAUUAAUGACGAGCGAUUACGAACGUACGAAACUUUUAUUCCUUUUUUAUUUUUAUUUUUUUCAGGAAAUUGGAGAUUACGACUGUGAAAAUCGAUCCGCGAGAUUUUGAGAAAAUAUUUGAAAACUACUAAAAAAAUAUUUGCAAAUCUUUCUGAAUUUAUAUGUUGACCAAAAUUGUUGUUUAAACUUUUUUUUCAAUUUUUUUUCGAGAAAAAGGAAGGUGGAACCUUUCUUUAUAAUUUCUAAUCUCUAAAUUUCUAUUUAUUUCUUGUUGGACAAAAUUUGUUUUACGGAUAUUCGAGAUAAAUUAAAAACUCUAUAUUUACUAUCACCUGAAUUUGAAUGACUAUUUAAUUUUAACUAAAUUCAUCGAAAUAAGUAGAAAUUUGAAAAGUGCUUUAAAAAAUUACACAACAAAGUUCAAGGCGAAGAUUUUUUCAGUAAAUAAAAAAUGCACUUUGAUCCGAUGGCGAGGGAAAUCGUCAACAGAUAAUAAUAAUUUUCUCCUAAAACUUUUAAAUAAUACUUUUCGAUUUCACACAUUAGCUUGCGAAAUAGAAUGCAUGAAAAAUGCAGAGCUUUUUAACUAUUUCGCGCGGCAAAUCAAAAUUAUGCAGCGACAAUCGCGAGAACAUUAUUAUGGACGAGUGCUAUUUCUUCGCUAAACAAUUUUUAAUUCGAAGAUAAAAAUUACAGCGUAAUAACUUAUCAUCUGAUUAACUGCGGCGCGAAUAUCCGCGGACGAUAUAAAUGAAUAAAUACGAAUAAAAAUCUAUAUAACCGGGCCACGACCAGCAGCAACGAUGUAACCGACGACUAAGACGAGAAACUAAUUUAAUUAUGAUUUUCAAUAAAGGUAUACUUGGAA